AUGGAGGAAGCGUUCCUCGAAGGAGGAUUUCCGCCACUGCGGCUGCUCGGACAUGCGGAGAAAUAUUCAACAACGCGGAGUCAUUUGGGAAUCUAUCUCAACGUGGGUCUGACAGCCCUCUAUAAGCGACCAAGCGGAGUACCUGUGAAACCGGCGCUGUUUUACGCUCUCUCGAUGCUCAUUGCGAGGCACCCUAUACUUUCGGCAGUUCCAUUUGCUGUUGACACACCAAAUCCUUAUUUCGUCCGUCUUCCUAAGAUUAAACUGAGUGAAGUUGUGAUCUUUAUGGAAGAGGAAGCGAAUUCUCCUAGCUUGGAUUGGAGAGAGAUCCUUGACAAGGUCCUUGAGCAGCAACACAAUUGCCCCUUCGAGAUUCAGCCAAAAAAGUCCUUUCCAUUCUGGAGAUUGUGCGUUGUGGAGAGGCGCAGUUGCCCCAGAAACUUUGUUCUUGUGUUCGUGUUUCAUCAUUCACUUAUGGACACCAAAAGCGCUCUUUCGUUCCACGAUGAACUGGAAGGAUACAUGGCUCAAUAUGACGGUCUCGAGCAAAGCGAUACAGUCUACAGUCCUUCUGAUGCCCUCAUUCCUCCAAUAGAGGACCUAUAUACACUCCAUGUUUCACAAGAGUUCUUGCAAUCUCAAGAGAAGGAUAGCGAGCCAUCACCUGAUAGCUGGACGGCUGCUCCUCAGUUCACACCUGUCAAGACGCGCUUUUCUUCUUUGUGGUUAUCUGAGGUCGAUACAAAAGUUCUCAUAGCACUGAGUAAGAAGGAGCAGACAUCGGUCACGGCGACACUUCAAGUGCUCAUCGCGACCUGCAUUUUUUCUGUUCUUCCGUCAACAUAUCAUACACUACAGGGAGACUGUGCAGUGUCACUGCGAGGCUUUCUCCCGGAGCCGAUCACUGCGACCACUUUGGGUUGCUAUGUCGGAUCGUUAUCCGUAACGUACCGCAGAAAGCCAUCCUUUGAUUGGAAUGAGACUCGCCGCACCAAGGUGGCCAUCGAUUAUGCCAUGGCACAGAAAGGGGGUGACAUGCCGGUUGGAUACUUGCCAUUGAUUCAAAACCAGCACCACUGGAUGCUACAAAAACUGGGCCGGAAUAGAAAGAGUGCAUUUGAGUUAUCGAACAUUGGAGCAAGUUCUACUUUGCGAGGGGGAAGCAAUUUCGAAAUUAAGAGUAUGCUGUUCAGCCAGAGCUCUAGUGCUUGCAGCGCCGCGAUCAAGGUCAGUGCUGUGACAGGGCGGGAUGGAAGGUUGUUGUUGGGCUUUACCUGGCAAGAGGGGGCUAUAGAAGCCGGCAUGAUCCAAGAGGUUCAAAGGGCUCUCAAUGGGGAGAUAGGAAGAUUAGCAGUGUCUGGGUAG